AUGACGAAUCGAGGAUUCGAAGUUGUCCAUGCGACUCUAGACAUGAUCCAGCCUCACCAAGAACCAAUAUGGGAGCUUCCGUCAUUUGGGUUACCAUCAACAAGCUCAGACAUGGAGAGAAACGAGCUUUCCGAGUGGGUUGAACAAGUCACCGAGCCUGUCAUUAAUGAGUUACGAACCGAGAAAUCGAUGGUGUGGCCGGUGGGUGAUAAAGUUUUAAGCUUGAUGAUGCUUCUUUUGGACUGCGCCGUGGCUAUCUCGGUCGACGAUCUCAGUGAAGCUCAUACAAUGUUGCUUGAAAUAAGACAAAUGGCUUCCCCUCAUGCUGUUUCGUGUGGUGAAAGGGUGAUUGCUUAUUUCGCUAUGGCAAUGUCUAGUAGGGUUAUUAAUUCAUGGUUAGGGCAUUGCUCUCCUUUGAUAGAUUAUGAAACCGUUCGUGGCGCUUUCCGAGCCUUCGAUGAUGCUUCUCCUUUUAUUAAGUUCGCUUGCUUCACUUCUAAUCGAGCCAUGCUUGAGGCGUUUCGUUGGCACGAUCGGGUUCACAUCAUAGACCUUGAUAUCAUGCAAGGCUUGCAAUGGUCGGCCUUGUUUCACACCCUAGCCACUCGUACUGAAGGGCCUCCAUUUGUCACCAUAACCGGUCUCGGCAGGUCUAUGAAGCUUUUAGUCGAGACUGGAAAUCAACUUUCGAACAUUGCGAGACAGUUUGGUAUACCAUUCGACUUCCACCCGAUCGCGAAAAAAUUCGGAGAAAUUGAUAUUGAAACGAUACAACUCCAAAGGGGUGAGGCCGUAGCCAUUCACUGGCUACAACACUCGUUAUAUGAUGCCACGGGACCCAACCAAAACACAUUAAAACACAUCGAACAAUUGGCUCCGACGGUGCUCACAUUGGUCGAACAAGACCUAUCCCACCACGGGUCUUUCUUGGACCGAUUUGUGAAUUCCCUCCAUUAUUACUCCUCCAUCUUCGAUUCAUUCGGAUCAUACCUGUCGGCCGAAGACCCUAACCGGCACCGCAUCGAGCAUUGCCUUCUGUAUAGGGAAAUCAAGAACGUGUUAGCCAUAGGAGGCCCUGCGAGAACCAGGGACGAUAACUUCGAGCAUAAUUGGAGAAGCGAGCUCGCAAGGAACCGUAAGUUUCAGCUAAUGCCGAUGAGCAGCAACACCAUGGCGGAAACUGAAUUGAUGUUGAACAUGUUUUGGCCUGGUUAUGGCUAUAGCCUUGUAGGAGACGAUGGAACACAUAGGCUUGGGUGGAAAGAGACUUGCUUGUUUACAGCUUCUGCUUGGACAAUGACCACAUUGCGUGACGGGUCUGGUUGGUCUGGUUGA